CCAACCAGAUCAAACGCCUAGGGUUUCGUUCGUCGCAGAGCAAGAGAGAAGGGAGAAUGAAGCUCGCCGGUCUCAAGUCGGUGGACGGGGCUCACGAGGAGUCGAUCUGGGCGGCGGCGUGGGUCCCCGCUGCCGACCACCGCCCCACGGCGCUGCUCCUCACCGGCGCGCUCGACGAGACCGUCCGCGCCUGGCGCCCCGACGACCUCGCCGCCGCGUCGCCGCCGGCGCGGGGCCACGCGCUCGGGGUGCUCUCCCUCGCGGCGCACCCGGCCGGGGUCAUAGCCGCCGCGGUCUCCCUCGACAGCUACAUCCGCGUCUUCGAUGUCGACUCCGGAGCUUCAGUCGCCACUCUCGAUGCCCCGCCCUCCGAGGUCUGGGGCGUCCAGUUCCACCCUAAGGGUGUUGCUCUGGCUGCAGCUGGUGGUGGCAGUGGAUCAGUGAAACUCUGGGACACGGAGAAGUGGCAGCCUAUUGCCAGCCUUCCUGUUCCACGCCCAGAGGGAGCUCGCCCUGAUAAGACUGGCAGCGGCAAGUUUGUUCUUUCAGUUGCGUGGAGCCCAGACGGCAAGCUCUUAGCAUGUGGAUCCAUGGAUGGCACAAUAGCCGUGUACGACGCGGUCCGUAUGAAGUUUCUCCACCAUCUGGAGGGCCACCACAUGCCAGUGAGGUCCAUGGUGUUCUCCCCGGUGGAUCCUCAUGUGCUCUUCACCGGCUGCGACGACUCCCAUAUCCACAUAUACGACGCCAAGGAGAAGGGCCUCAUCGGGGCCAUGUCUGGGCACGCGAGCUGGGUGCUGAGCAUCGACGUGAGCCCGGAUGGCAUGGCGGUGGCGACGGGCUCCAGCGACCGCACCGUACGGCUCUGGGACAUCAAUGCGAGGGCGUCAGUGCAGACGAUGAGCAACCACUCCGACCAGGUCUGGGCUGUUGCGUUCCGGCCGCCGGGAGGGGAAGGAGUCCGUGCGGGACGGCUCGCGAGCGCCUCGGACGACAAGAGCAUCUCCCUCUACGAUUACUCCUAGUUUUACAGACUUAUGGACAGCCAGUAUCUACCUCGCCAUGUAGUCUGGAUGACUUGUUGUACGACGCUGAUCAACCCUCUAACUUGCAAGUACUUGUAGCAGCGUUUGGAAGGCUGGCGAGUUGUAAACUCAUCCCUUUUCCUGCCAGUGAUCACGGCUUUGUUAUUUCAGUUUCAA